AUCAAGUGAGACAGUAACCGCGUUUACCUUUUGCAUUGCACGCCCUCGAAUCCAUUAGCCUCCGUGCAGCCAUGGCGCGCCUCAUCAGCCUCGCCGUCGCCGUGGCGGUGGCCGUCCUCGCGCUAGCGUCCGGCGCGGCGUCGCAGGCGCCGGGUCCGGCUUCGUCGGUGGACUGCACGUCGGCGCUGGCCGGGCUCGUGGGCUGCCUGCCGUACGUGCAGCAGGGGAGCACGCAGGGCAAGCCCGCCAGGGAGUGCUGCGCCGGCGUCAAGGCCGCCCUCAAGAGGCACGCCACCGUCGCCUGCCUCUGCGCCGCUUUCGGCCGGAACUACGGCAUGCCGCUCAACCUCACCCGCGCCGCCGGCCUGCCCGCGGCGUGCGGCGAAGACCCCGCCGCCUUCAGCCGGUGCAACAUCAAAGUGCCCGGCGCCCCUGCUUCUGCGCCUAUAGCUUCCGGAACGGCUCCGGCAGCCCCAACCCCGGGCUCGUCCAAGUCAGCGGCGGUGAUCCGAUCGCCGGUCUCAGCGUUCGCCGUCCUCGUCGGCGUGGCCGCGACUCUCCUCUCGCACUGCCCCCUCUGAAGAUGACGGGUGUUUGGGUGACUGGUUUUAGUUCAUGAUGAGUUGUGCUGUGAACCUAUGACAUUGUAUCCGCACUGUGCCAUAAUCCAUUCACUUUAGU